AUGGACACCCUGAUUUCAAGACUGUCUUUCCACACUGCGUCUCUGAUCAUUGCAGCGGCUGCAUUUUUAUGCUAUUAUCCCAGUCUAGCGGGAGACUUUGUUUUCGACGACAGUGAAGCCGUUGUUGGCAACGAAGAUGUAUCAGGGGAUGUGCACUGGACUCAACUCUUUCUCCACGAUUUCUGGGGCAAACGGUUAACCUCCAAGCACAGUCACAAGUCUUAUCGUCCGCUCACAGUGCUAACAUUUCGAUGGAAUUUCUGGAUGUCUGGAGGUCUACAUCCCUGGGGAUUUCAUCUCACCAACAUAUUGCUACAUCCUGUUGUAUCAGUUUUGGUUAUGAAAAUUUGUUCGUUGAUGAUGGGUCGGAUUAAAGAAUGCAGAUCUGAGGAGGAAGUCUUUCCUGCUGCAUGGAAGAGUUUUGUUGUUGGUCUCUUGUUUGCUGUUCAUCCUGUUCACACUGAGAGUAUCGCUGGUGUUGUUGGUCGAGCAGAUCUGAUGUCAGCUCUUUGCUUUUUUCUCUCUUUUUGGGCCUUCCAUCAAAGUUGUUAUGGAAAGAAAGUAGAGUAUGACAUCGAGAGUCGUCCGACAUCGUUUUCUCUCAACUGGAUUAUUGUGUGUGUUAUGCUCUGUGGGUUAAGCAUGUUGUUCAAGGAGCAAGGUAUAACAGCAGUGGGGAUCUGUUUUGUGUAUGACGUCUUGGUUGUAUGCAAAAUUAAUGUUUGGAAAGUAUUGAAUGGUUUACUGUUUGUGAAUCAUCGGGAUGACAAAGACAGGCAGUCGGAUUCAAAGUGGAUACGAAGUCUUGUGUAUCGACAAUGUGUGAUGAUCUUGUCUGCUGUCAUUCUAUUAGGCAUUCGGUUUCGUAUCAUGGGAACUGGGCCUCCUAAAUUCCAGCCGGUCGACAACCCGGCAUCGUUUUCAAACUCAACAUUUACUCGUGUUGCUACAUAUAACUACAUAUAUGCAAUCAAUGGAUGGUUGCUGCUCAAUCCUUUGUGGCUCUGUUUUGAUUGGUCGAUGGGAUGUAUUCCUCUUGUUGAGAAUGUAAGUGAUGUUCGUUUGUUGCCUACAUUGCUGUUUUGGGUUGCAAUGUUGGCAGUGAUUUGGACGGCUUUAGUAAAUGACAAUACAGAAUUCAGACAAACUAUUGGAAUUGGUCUUGCAUUUCUCGUGGUGCCUUUUCUGCCGGCAUCUAAUUUGUUCUUCAAGGUUGGAUUUGUUGUAGCCGAACGUGUUCUUUACAUUCCAGUUGUAGGAUUUUGCAUUCUAAUCACAGCUGGUUUGUCUCGGCUGUCAGGCCUGCAAAAGUUGAGGAAUGCUGGUAUUUUUAUUUUUAUUUCUCUCGUCUUGGUGUUCUCCUUACGAUCAGUGCAAAGGAGUGCAGAGUGGAGAAAUGAAACGGAUCUCUUCACAAGAGGUGUAUUCGUGUGUCCACUCAAUGCCAAAGUUCAUUACAAUAUCGGUAAAGUGAUGUCUGAAAAAGGCGGGAAGGAUGAUGUCGCUCUUGCUGCAUAUCGAGAAGCAGUGCGUUUGCAUCCCGAAUAUGACCAAGCAUGGAACAACCUUGGUAACCUACUGAAGGACAAAGGAGAGACAGAGGAAGCCGAGCAUUGUCUGCAAAACGCAUUAGAUGCAAAUCCCGAAUUUGCAGCUGCGUGGAUGAAUCUUGGAAUAGUGAAGGCAUCCUUACACAAAUCAGAGGAAGCAGAGAGAUGCUAUCGUACUGCCAUCAUACACAGACGGAAAUACCCAGAUGCAUACUACAAUCUUGGUAAUCUCUACAUUGAGUUGAAACGAUUCGAUGACGCCAUGGCUGCAUUUCGAAACGCCACUGCACUAAAGGCAGACCAUGUAAACUCGUGGACAAACCUAGCUAUUCUAUUUGAGACAAAUGAACAGUACGACGAGGCAGAAACAGUUUUGAACGAAGCUUUGACUGUUUUACCGGAUCAUCCAGGACUUAUCUACAACUUAGCCAAUGUCCUUGGGAAGGUGGGAAGAUACAAUGAGGCAGAGAGACACUUCAAGAAGGCACUUCAGAGCAACCCCAACUCAGCUCAAAUUCAUGCCAACAUGGCGGUUGCUUACCACCGAGCAGGUAAACUUGAUUUGGCUGAGGCAUCAUACAAGGCCAGCUUGAAACUUGAUCCAUCAAAUGAGCUAACAAAGAGCAACCUCAACAAAUUGCUAAGGCAAAAACAACAGUAAAGCACACAAUACAAAAUUAAUUAAACACUUAAUAUCCUAUAGGAUAUGUUGGAAAUUUUUGUAUUUAAUACAAAUAUACAUACGUACAUAUAACAAAUAAGAACACAAGAGAUCCACCAAUUCAAUAGAAUGGCAGGCUGAUGAGUUAGGACUGGUUUACAAUAUAGCGCUGACACUCAGCUAAGUGUCAAACUUCAGGCAUUUCUUGAUGCUGACGCUGAUGCUGACGAUGGAGUUGCAUUGAUUUCUAUGUCAGCAUCAGGGUCAGUGUCAACA